AUGAGGGGGAGUACAGAACAAAAGCAGUUAUUAAAAUGUGAUAUCUGCGAAUACAAAACUGUAAACAGAAGCCAUUUAAUGAGGCACACGAAAAUGCAUACUGACGGUAAAACAAUUCAAUGCGAUAUUUGUUAUCAACUGUUCUUAUAUAACAGUUUUCUUAAGACGCAUAUGGCGAUACACACAGGGGAGAAGCAUUAUAAAUGCGAAACAUGUGACAAAACAUUUGCAAAUCAAAGUAAUCUUUUGACUCAUAUGGUUGUGCACACAAGAGAGAAGAAUUUUAAAUGUGAACUAUGUGACAAAGCAUUUGAAUGCAAUACGCAUCUAAAAACACAUAUGACAGUGCACACAGGAGAGAAGAAUUUUAAAUGUGAAAUAUGUGACAAACCAUUUGGUCGCAAUGGCCACCUGAAAACACAUAUGACAGUGCACACAGGAGACAAGAAUUUUAAAUGUGAAAUAUGUGACAAAGCAUUUGGUUGCAAUAGCAACCUGAAAACACAUAUGAGAGUGCACACAGGAGAGAGGAAUUUUAAAUGUGACAUAUCAUUUGGUCGCAAUGCCCACCUGAAAACACAUAUGUGGGUGCACACAGGAGAGAGGAAUUUUAAAUGUGAAAUAUGUGACAAAACCUUUCCUUAUAUUAGCUCUCUUAAAGAUCAUAUGACAGUGCACACAGGAGAGAAGAAAUUUAAAUGUGAAAUAUGUGAGAAACCAUUUGGUCGCAAUGGUUAUCUGAAAAAACAUAUGACAGUGCACACAGGAGAGAAGAAUCAUAAAUGUGAAAUAUGUGACAAAGAAUUUACUUCAAAAUCUUAUCUUCAAAUUCAUUUAGAAGUACAUUCAGGAGAGAAGAAUUACAAAUGCGAAAUAUGUGACAAAGCAUUCGGUCGCAGAAAUAAUCUAAGAAUGCAUAUGGUUGUGCACACAGGAGAGAAAAAUUAUAAAUGUGAAAUAUGUGACAAAGCAUUUGCUCAAGUUGACAAACCAUUGUUAGAAUCAUGUAUUGUGGAAGAAUUGCUUUGUGAAACAUUUGAUGGACUUGAUGUAAGUGAGGAAUUGAAAUCUAACGGAGCUGUAAUGGAAACAUCAGAGGAGGGAUUGGAGAACGAGUUCUGA